AUGCCUCUGAUUGGCAACAUCGUCACAGGAGGGCUUCGGAUGUCUAAGUACAUUUCUAAGUCCGCCCGGAAGCGCAUCCCCAUGACCUCCAAGAUGGGCAACAAGAACUUCUACAAGGGCAAGGGCGCGACAAAGGAGGGCACAAUCAACAGCAGAGGUCGCUUCAUCGUAGACCCAGAGAAACGGUUGGAAAUCAUCGCUCCGGACCUUGACGGCUUCAAGUUGAAGCCGUACGUAUCGAAAGCGGUUUGGAAACCAAGACGGGGUGGUCAAGCGCUGCUGGACUCUGCAUAGCAUCAUACGGGUGGCCGCGGCAGUUUCUACGUUUUCGAUGGCAACCGGAGCUUGAUACGGGGCUUGGGCGCUGAAGAAUACUAAAUGUCGGGAGUUUCGGUGUUGAUAGCAGGGUUAGAAGCCAGGUCGAUACGCGGAUUUUAGCUCUGGCGACACGGUGAUCAUGACCUAGAAGAAUACUUUGACACUGAGGAGAAAAUUCGAGUCUAUGACGGGAGGGCGGUGCGCUUGUCAUGGAGAGGCGUUGCGUCGCGUUGGUUGUCCUGAGCGGUAGGGGACGGUCCGUGCUGGAGGAUUUCGCUCACGAGUCUAACGAUGAUGGCCUCCUCGACCAGCACGGUGUGGUUGCCGUCCGUCCGCCUUUGCUUGGGAGGACGAUCACAGAGCUGGCAUCAAAAGUGUGCCUUCAGCAUCUCCUCCUGGUUGUGUGAUUGGCUGGCCAUAUUUCUC